AUGACCACCGUCCCCGCCGAGGCAGCGCGCCGUGUCCCCGACGUCCCGGCCGCCCGCGUCGUGGACCCGGCUGUCGUCGCGGAGCUGCCCCCUGGCACGACGGUCCGGGGUCUCGCGCCCCACGGCUCCAGUUUCUGGACGCGGACGGCGCGGCUAGACGCCGAGCGUGACGGCGUGGGCGUCGCGUAUUUUCUUAAGACCGCCACCGGCGCCCUCGGUUGUGCCAUGAUGGAAAGCGAGUUCCGCUGCACCCGCCGUCUACGCCGCGCCGCCGGUGCUACGGAUCCGGCGGGCGUGGCCCUGGUCCCGGAGCCGAUCGCGUGGGGCACGUACGUUGGAAGUAGCGGUGGCACCGGCAGCAGUAGCCGUAGCGAAGAGGAGGGCAAAGGAGAACAUCGAAAUAGAAGUCAGGCGAGAGGUCAGGAAGACGAAACGCACUUCCUACUGUGCGAGUUCCGCCCGCUGACGGGCGAGGUCCCGGCGGCAGCCCCGUUCGCAGCGCGCAUCGCAGCACUGCACCGGGCCGGAGCGGCGAAGGGUAGUAGUGGCGGGGAAAGAGAAGGAGUUGGCGAGAGCAGGAGGGGGAGGUUCGGAUCUGACAUCCCGACUUUCCACGGCAACGUGCACGUUGACCACGGCUGGUCCGACUCGUGGGAGGAGUACUUCGCGCGGACGACGCGGGUCCUGCUUGAGAUGGAGCGGGCGGCGCGGGGCUCCGACGAUGAGAUCGAGCGGUUGGCGCCGCUCUUCUUCGCGAAGGUGGUCCCGCGGCUGCUGCGGCCGCUCGAGACAUGCGGACACGUGCUGCGUCCGACGCUGGUUCACGGCGACCUGUGGGACGGCAAUGCGGGCGUGGACGCGCGGACCGGCGCGCCUGUCGUCUUCGACGCGGCGUCGUUCUACGCGCACAACGAGUACGACCUCGGCGUUUGGCGGCAGCCCUGGAACAAGCUGAACGCUCCCUACCGCGCCGAGUACCUCAAGCACUUCCCCGCGUCGCCGCCCGAGGCCGACUUCGACGACCGGAACCUCUUAUAUGCUACGCAAGAGGCUUGCUGGUUUACACGCGUACUUUCCUACGUCAUGCCCGGCCUCUUCGUCUCAUAUGCACUCCCCGUGCCGCGCAUACGCUACGUCCAAGCUGGGAUACAACAGCUGACUCACUGUAGCCGAGUCAACAUUCUCGACUCGAUCUUAUACAAGGACGAUCCGAGUUACCGGACCAUGCUGAUCGCUGGCAUGCGCGCGCUCGUCGACAAGUUCCCCAGUGGCUUCGAUGCGUGGGAGACGGAGCGGGACCGUGGGACGAGACCGGACCCGGCGGAGGGAAUUUUGCAGGGUGGCUUGAGAUAA